GUCAGACAACGACGACUUCAACUGAUGCCUCUAUUCAAAGAUUUUGACGAGACUCACCGUCACACAGUUAGUCAGAGUCAAUUUCGCCGGGUACUUAUGACUCUGGAUUUGGCUGACAUGCUUAACGAGAAGGAAUGGUCUUGUCUCUACUGGAAAUAUCGUCAUCCGCUCGGUGUGAUCGAUAAUCUGAACUAUCAGGCAUUUAUUGAUGAUGUGUAUACAGCCGGCGGAAUCGAUCCACGAAUUCCAUAA